AAUGUACAUUGAAAUGCAACCAGUUCCUAGUGCAGAAUCACCAAACGAUACAAACGACGAACCAAUACGCAAUUUGCCAACUCCUUGGUUAAAUAUUUUGACAUCAAUGCCAUUUUAUUGCCUUAUUGUGGUACAGUGUGCCAAUAGCUGGGCUUAUGAUAUAAUUUUGACUCAACUCCCAACUUAUAUUAAGGGUGUCCUACAAACGGAUAUUAAGAAAAAUGCCAUAUUCUCGUCACUUCCGUUCUGGGUAAUGCUAGGACUCAGUUAUUUCUUCGUGUUUAUUUCGGAAGUUCUCAGAAGAACCAAAUGCAUGAGUAUGUCGGUAAGUCGUAGAUUUUUCAACUCUCUUGGGAAUUGGAUUCCGGCAAUCGGACUUAUCAGUUUGGGGUACAUGGGCAAGGAAAAUGAAACUCUUGUAAUAGUUUUAUUGAUGAUCAUUGUGGGAAUGAUGGCAGCUACAUAUUUAGGUUUUGUAUUGAAUCACAUUGAUUUGUCGCCAAAUUUUGCUGGUACCUUGAUGGGCAUAGCGAAUUGUAUUGCACAUUUGACGAGUAUAACGGCGCCUCUUUCUGUUGGAUUUAUUGUUACUGAUGAGAAAAAUCCAGAACAAUGGAGAAUAGUGUUUUUCCUUACAGCUAGUUUCUUAUUUUUAGGAAACUUGUUGUUCAUAACUUUUGGAAAAUUCGAAACACAAUAUUGGAACGAACCUCCUCAGCCAGUUAUAGUUAAAACAUUAAAAAAUAAUAGCCAACAUUCUGUUUAUAAAGACACCGUCCACUAAAGUUUCAAUGUAACAUCGCAUCUAAUAUUACGUUAAGUUCAAAAAAAUAUACAUAAAUACAAUUUUUAAAAAAAUGUU